UCUCGAUUCUCGCUCACACAUGCUCACCGUCGCCCGCGCGCCGUCUAGGGUCUGCGUUUCACUGGCCCUUCGCGCCCCUGCUUCAGCGGGGAGGCAUUCGAAAGCGAAGAAUGUCGCUACCAGGCUCGCGCAGGCGCAACAGAGCGUGGCCGGCCUCACGAUGAAUUCAUCUUGGCGCAGCCUGUCGAACGUAGCUCUCAAGCGAAAGGAGGACCCCGACGUCGGAGAUGUCAUCCCCGCCGACCAGGCCGAGUCACUUGGGGCCAAGCAGCAGACUGAACACGCAGUAAUCUCUGCAUUCGAUCUAUUCAGCAUAGGAGUCGGUCCAAGUUCGUCCCACACCGUCGGACCCAUGCGCGCAGGCAAAAUAUUUAUAACCGACCUGCUAGACCUCGGUCUGUUGGAAAAGGUCAGAACCGUCAAAAUUACACUCUAUGGCUCUCUGGCUGCGACAGGCAAAGGCCACCAUACGCCACAAGCUAUUCUUCUCGGACUGGAAGGCUCGGAUCCGGAGACAAUUGACACUGGUACCAUCCCUUCUCGAUACCAGGCAAUUUUGGAGAACAAGAGUCUCAUGCUCAGCGGGACACAUCACAUUCAUUACGACAUGGAUAGAGACAUGCUGUGGCACUGGGAUCAAGUUCUGAAAACUCAUCCCAAUGGCAUGCGUUUUUCUGCGUUCAACGAGAACGGAGAUCUUCUCGCCACGAACGAGUACUUCAGUGUCGGAGGCGGUUUCGUAGUCAACGAAAAGACGCAGGUUGACGAAAAUCUGUACUACAAGGGUGUUGACAAGAGCAGUGUCCACGGUGCCCGUCUGCUCCAGACUCACAGCCUUACCGAACCUGACGUAACUCGGGAUGAGUACGAUCCUACUUCUCCGCCAUACCCCUUUGUCUCUGGCGAUAGUCUUCUUGCGCUGACGCGUAAAUACAACAUGACUAUUGCACAAAUUGUAUAUGACAACGAGCUUCACUUCGGAUACUCGCACGAGGAGAUCAACCAGAAGUUGGUGAGGAUAUGGAAAGUUAUGGAUGACUGCAUCCGUACUGGCGUGUCUUCAUCUGAAGAGAAACUACCCGGUCGGCUGGGGCUUCGUCGUCGUGCACCUAUGCUUUAUCGGCGGCUGAUGCGCGGAUUCUACCCUGGGGUUGCAGGCCCGCUGCUCCCUCAGAUUGGCGCAGGUGAUCAUACAGCCAGUGGUAACAUCGACGCGCCCGCAGGCGAGGAGCACUUCGCCCCAGGUUUCGAGGAGACCGUAGAGAAGCCAUCUAAAGGAAAGAUCGCCAAAGCAUCGCGUGCGACGAAGGUUGUUGGUUCACUGGAGCAUCCAAUCUUGCCUAUGCCACCAAGCAAGACGACGAUCCCUGCAAUGGACUUCCUGUCAUGCUACGCGAUUGCCGUGAACGAGGUCAAUGCCAGUGGAGGACGGAUCGUAACUUCACCGACGAACGGGGCGGCGGGAAUCAUCCCGGCUGUGCUCAAGUACAUCGUCGAAUUUGUCAGCGACGACCCUCAAAAGGCUAUUGAAACGUUCUUGCUCACCGCCGCGGCAGUUGGGAUGCUCUUUAAGCGAGGUAGCACAAUAUCUGCCGCUGAAGGUGGAUGCCAGGCAGAGGUCGGAGUCGCUUGCUCUAUGGCUGCCGCAGGGUUCGCAGCAUGCAUGGGCGCGGAUCCUGAGACGGUCCUGCAGGCGGCAGAGAUAGGCAUUGAACAUAAUCUUGGCUUGACAUGUGAUCCCAUCGACGGCCUGGUGCAAGUGCCUUGUAUAGAACGGAACAGUCUUGGCGCCGUAAAGGCCGUGACGGCCGCGCAGCUCUCCAUGGCCAGCCAAAACGUGUACAGCGUGACACUUGACGAGGCUAUCGAGGCGAUGAGACUGACCGCCGUCGACAUGAGUGUGAAAUACAAGGAGACUAGCCUUUCGGGACUUGCUCGAACGGUCAAGAUCCCACUCACUGUGCCUGCCUGCUAAGAAUGUGUGGGAUUGAUUAUCUUGGACUGAGACUCUGGAUUCUACAUACUAAGUUUAGAUGCGGACUCUGACAUUGCUUGAUUAGACUAGAGUACCUUCAUACUGCACUUAGUGUCCACAAAGGCGUAGCACACGACAAUG